AUGUAUCGAGUUAAAUAUUUAUUAAAUUUAUCGAUUCGUUUUCAUUCAACAUUAACACCAAAAUUUAAUCCAUGGUAUGAUUAUCGUGCUUAUUUGGAUCAAGUGAAAACGUAUAUAAAUCGUUUAAAUCCAUAUAUUGAACUCGAUCUUCGAUCAGCUGCACUCAAUUGGGAUUAUAUAUUAAAUAAUGAAAAUUUACAAACAAUUGCAAAUAAUAUAAAACAACGAAAAGAAAAUGAAUCUGUUGAUAUUGAACAUAUUCUAACACUUCAUCGUGAUAUACAAAAUUUAUUUCAUCGUAUUGAAGACAAAAAACUUGAUUCAAUACAAGGCGAAGAUCAAAUUAAACUUAAAAUUCAAGAUUUAUAUAAUCAUGCAAUAAGAAUACCGAAUAACACACAUCCAGAUAUCCCAAUUGGUAAUCAAGAACAAGCACGUACACUUCGUGUUGUAGGAAAAAAACCAGAAACAAAUAUUCCUCGACAAACAAUUGAUCAAAUUGGUCAAGAAUUAAAUUUAAUGCAAUUAGAAAAUAUGGGUCAUGUAUCAUUUCGUGGAGCUUAUGCAUUAUUUGGUGAUUUUGCUCGUUUAGAACGAGCUUUAAUGUAUUAUGCAUUUGAAAAACUUACGCAAAAUGGUUUUAAAAUGGUUUCUGUUCCUGAUAUUAUUCAUCGAGGCAUUAUUGAAUCAUGUGGAUUUGCAACUCGAGGUAAACGAUCACAAGUUUAUCAAUUAGAUUAUGGUGAAGAAUUUGGUCGAUAUUGUCUUGCUGGUACAGCUGAAAUGCCUUUAGCUGGUUUACUCAAACAUAAUACAUUUCGUAAAGAUGAAUUACCACUUAAAUUAGCUGCAUGUAGUCGUUGUUAUCGAGCUGAAUUACCUGGUGGAAAAGGUGAAGGCAAUCUAUAUCGUGUACAUGAAUUUACUAAAGUUGAAAUGUUUGCUGUUACAACUAAUGAUGAAAAAGUUUCACAAGAAAUGCAUGAUGAAAUUGUUCGAAUAGAGACCUCAAUGUAUGAAGAUCUUGGAUUACAUUUUAGAAUACUAGAUAUGCCAACAGAAGAACUUGGUCUUUCAGCAUAUCGAAAAUAUGAUAUUGAAACUUGGAUGCCAGCAAAAGAAUUUUAUGGUGAAAUCAGCAGCGCAUCAAAUUGUACUGAUUUUCAAUCACGUCGUCUUCAUAUUAAAUAUAUUAAUGAUAAUGGUGAUGAACAAUUUGUUCACACUUUAAAUGGAACAGCUAUGGCUAUACCGAGAAUGCUUACUGCUAUUAUUGAAUUAAAUUGGAAUCCGGAAACAAAACAAAUUCAAAUUCCAAAACCUUUACGAUCUCUUAUGGGUAAUAGAGAAUUUAUAUCAAAAAGUUCAUCAACACCUAGUACGCAAUGGAUCAAAUUUCUUAGUUGA